AUGUUGGUGGCGUCGGUGUCGUCGAUCUUGGCGUCGGUAUACUGCUGGUUCACACCGGGUGUCCUCUUCCUGCUACUCAAUCUGGUUAUCGGCGGCAUCGCUUUCGCCUCCGUAUUCACCUCCCGCCGCCACCAGCCCGGACGCAGCGACACAGGAGCUUACGCCGGACACUACCUCGCCCGGUCACUCUCCCGAACGUCCUCCGUCGUCCUCGACCGCUUUCGCACCUUCAAGCUCCACGGCGACGAAUACCUUGAGAUCCCCGAUCCGACCGCCGCCGCCACAGAGGAUGCGGACAACGCCAAAGUAUCUUCCGGUAACUUCGUCGUUCGAUCCCUCUCGCGCUCCUCUUCCAUCGUCCUCGACGGCCUACGGUCGUCCUUCUACGCCCGUCGCUACGGCUCCGGCCAUAUCGAGGAUCCGACGGACGUCGCGGCUGCCGCUGGGUACGAAGUCGGCGACGAUGGCAGAGGGUACUCCACCGUCCAUUCCCUCGCCAGAUCCAUCUCACGCUCCUCCUCAAUCGUACUCGACAGUCUCCGAUCCUUCAACCUUCAUCGAAGCCCUCCUCCAGACGCCGCCGCCUCAGGCGAGAUCGUGGACGAGGGACCCCUGGCCCUCGGGGAGCCAGAGACGGAGAGUGAGGAGGACGAGGAGCUCCAUCACUUGGACCGGAGCCUUUCGGAUACGCAUCCGACGGCGGGAGAGAUGCCGCGGAAGCUGGCGGUGCGGAUGAAGAAGUCGGCCAGCGAUAAUUCGGCGUUCGCGCACUUUAGCAAGGCGGAGGUGGAGGAGGUAGCGAGGGGGGCCGAGGAUGUCGCGGAAGGAGACGCCUACGAUCAGGUGGACGCGCGGGCGGACGACUUCAUUAAGCGGUUCCGGCAGCAGCUGAAGCUGCAGCGUCUGCAGUCCAUUUUGAGGUACAAGGAGACACUUAACCAUGGAAGCUAA